AUGGUACAUACAUAUCUCUUUAAAGACCGGCUCCGAUCCCGACUCCGCUACCACUCUCCAUCGCCUCCUCCCCCGUUGUCUCUCGGCUUGUGAUCCACAGUCUCGCAUCCGCGAUACCGUCUCUGUCUUCCCUUUACAAAGCUUUACCUUACCUCACCUCACCUUACUCUUUUCCUUUCCUGCGUUGUCGUCUCAAAGUUCAGCCGCUACACACCCUCAUUUCUUCACACCCCCAUCGGCCGGCCUUGUGUUCACCCUCCUACCUACUUUACUUUUCUUGCCUACAUCUACCUUAUGUACUCCAUCCUUUAACCACCCCGUUUCCUUCCGUCCUCGCUUGUCGUUCGCUUCUCCUUGCAUCUUCUGUUUCUUCAAGAGAUAGCAAGCACUGUCGACCCUGAUCCCGGCUCGUCUGUACAUACAUGACCCUUCUUGUCGACUAAUCAUCAUGGCUACAGCGCACAUGGCCGUCAGGACUGAGACCUUCCCACAUUCGAAUCCAAUUCCCCAUAGCGAGUCAAUGGGUGCUCGCAUUAUUCCUAUACCAACUCCCACGAUCAAGAUGUCUCCUCCAAGCAACGGCGAUCCCAUGGAGAUCACAUCACCUGCGCCAUCUUCUACUGGCAACAACAACUCCGAUUCCGAUGCCAACGGCAAAUCCAACGAUCGACCCAAGAACUCUCCCGCUCCCGAUUCCAACAAUGUCGCAAACAAUAAUGCCAAUAAUUCCAAUAGCAUGCCUGCUCCCCCGCCGGCUGCUGCUGCUGUACACCAGCCUAAAAUCGUACAGACGGCCUUCAUUCAUAAGCUCUACAACAUGCUGGAAGAUCCCAACAUCCAACACUUGAUUUCAUGGUCUGCGAGCGCUGAAAGCUUCGUCAUGUCGCCCUCGGCCGACUUUUCAAAAGUUCUCUCCCAAUAUUUCAAACAUACCAAUAUCUCAUCAUUCGUGAGACAGCUGAACAUGUACGGUUUUCACAAGGAACGCGAUGUUUUUCACACUGGAAACCCUGAUACAACGCUCUGGGAAUUCAAGCAUGGCAACGGCAACUUCAAGCGUGGCGACCUAGUAGGUCUACGUGAGAUCAAGCGCCGAGCCAGUCGACAUGCUUUGGUGCACCGCGAGAGCAACUAUACCAAACCUGCAGCAUCCCAGCCAGGCACUCCAGCCGAGCCCGUACCUAUCCCGCCAGACAGCGCUGAUGCUCGACUACUCAAUAUUGAGCAUACGCUCUUCGACUUGGGCAAUCGCCUGCAGAGGAGCGAAGAGGCAGCUCAUUAUAUGCAUGUCAAGAGCCAAGCCGCAAUGGACACUGUGAAUCGACUUCUUCACUUCAAUCAGGAGCUUUCAAGAACUAUGCUGUCUCUUGUUCCGGCUGAGAGCCCUCUCUCUCGUGAAGUCAUUACUCUACAAGGCGAAAUGCAAAGGCAGGCUGAAGUACUUCGGACACUCGACGAACCACCGCAGGAGGCACCUUAUACUGGCCGACAACAGUAUUUUGCGAAUGUCGAGAACGCCCCAGUAUCACCCAGACAGCUUGCCCAGGACGACCAGAGACGAGGCCCUGCUCUAGGCGUACCCCCCGCACGCGGCCAGAACUUUUAUAAACCACCAGUUCCUUCCAACCUAUCUAGCAGCACUCGCAGGCCAUAUGGAUCCAUCAGCGGAAGCAGUACUACGCAGUCGUCCCCGUUGCGUACAGGACCGCCUCCGCCUCCUCCUGCUCCUCAUCCUCUAUCCAAUGUUGAGACUGUUCCUGGCCCCGGCAGUCUGGCCCGUCGUCACACUGCAGCCGACAUUCGAGCCCAUGGUUGGCAACCAGCUCCCUCUCCCUUCAGCACUGGCGCACCCUCUGGAGCAUGGCCCCCCUCGCCUAGCCGUGUAGCCCCAGAAGACCAACGGAUCAGAGACUCAUUCUCAACAUACUCGUUGCAAGCUGCGUCCCAAACACACCCUCACUCACGCCCAACAACGCCUCCACCUCCAUUUGCAAAUGGCGCUGGCGGUGGCUCUGACACUUUUGGUGGUUGGUCAUGGGGAUCUGCUGGCCGUGAGAACAAGAACCUUGCCGUGAAAGAUCACUCAGCUCCCCCUACUCGCAGGGGGAGCAUGGCUCAUAUUCUCAACCCCAGUGACACUGCCGAGCGGUCAGACGAGGAUGAGGACCCCCGAGGUGACGACGACAGGAAGCGAAAGCGAAUGCAGUAAAUCACACAUUUAACCCUGAUUUUACUGUGGAACAUUGAAACCCAAACUAUGGAUGACCAACUUUCAACACAUCAUAUAUAUGUACAUACGCAUACACGGGCUCUGUACAUGGAUACUUACUUUCCCUUCAUCGGCAUUACAUUAGGCCAUAAACAUACUUGGACUUUGAUGGCGAAGAGACGCCUAUUUGGAGUAUAGGACAUCGGAUAGCUGGCUAGAAUACGGUCACGGAGGCUUUCUUCAUUACGAGCGCAAAGCAUAGCAGGAUACCAUGGCGGGCAUUUUGUUUAAUCCCAUGAAAAUCAUUAGUCCUCGCCGAAAGGAAGGGGGCAGAUUUCGGCACACCUAAGAGAUGGAAGUUGUAUUCUUGGGAGGAGUUGCAUGGUUGGUGCAUGUAUAUACCAUCAGAAGACAAUACUAUUCUAAGCAAGUUAAAUUUGA